AUGUUAGCAGCAAGAUCAUCAAUUCGUCGUUGUUUCUCAACUUCUUCCCCAGUUUACAAAACCUUAAAAAUUGGUUUAAUUCCAGGUGAUGGUAUUGGUCGUGAAGUUCUUCCAGCAGGUAAAGCCGUUUUAGAAAACUUACCAUCUAAAUACGAUUUACAAUUCGAUUUCGUCAACUUAGACGCUGGGUUUGAAUUGUUUAAAAAAACUGGUACUGCAUUACCUGACAAAACUGUUGAAGUUUUAAAGAAUGAAUGUGAUGGUGCAUUAUUUGGUGCUGUUUCUUCUCCAACUACCAAAGUUGAAGGUUAUUCUUCUCCAAUUGUUGCCUUAAGAAAGAAGAUGGGAUUAUAUGCCAAUGUCCGUCCUGUUAAAUCUGUUGAAGGUAUCGGUAGACCAGUUGAUAUGGUUAUUGUUCGUGAAAAUACUGAAGAUUUAUAUAUUAAAGAAGAAAGAACUUAUAAACGUGAAGAUGGUACCAAAGUAGCUGAAGCAAUCAAGAGAAUUACUGAAACUGCAACCACCAGAAUUGCCAAGAUGGCUUUUGAUAUCGCAUUACAAAGACAAGCUAUUAGAGAAGCUUCUUCAGGUAAACAACUUCAUGAAACUCCAUCAGUUACAGUCACUCACAAAUCUAAUGUGUUAUCUCAAUCCGAUGGGUUAUUUAGAGAAACUUGUCGUGCUGUUUAUGAUGCUAAUGCAAGUAUUUAUCAAGGGGUUGAAUAUAAGGAACAAAUUGUUGAUUCUAUGGUUUAUCGUAUGUUUAGAGAACCAGAAAUCUUUGAUGUCGUAGUUGCACCAAACUUAUAUGGUGACAUUUUGAGUGACGGUGCCGCUGCCUUAGUUGGUUCCUUAGGUGUUGUUCCUUCCGCUAAUGUUGGGGAUAAUUUUGCCAUUGGUGAACCAUGUCAUGGUUCUGCUCCAGAUAUUGAAGGUAGAGGUAUUGCUAACCCAAUUGCUACUAUUAGAUCUACUGCGUUGAUGUUGGAAUUUAUGGGAUAUCCUGAACCAGCAGCUAAGAUUUACGAAGCUGUUGAUGCUAAUUUGGCUGAAGAUAAGAUUAAAACUCCAGAUUUGGGUGGUUCUUCAAGUACUCAAGAAGUUAUUGAUGAUAUCAUAAGACGUUUCUAA